AUGGGAAACAAACUUCAGACUCAACUCGGGGUAUCAUGCCGAAGGUCGGAGUCUACGCAACCGGAAACACCGUCGAGGUCUUUAGCUGCGACACCCUGUCUGAGCAUUCAAGUAUUCGAUAGUGUCAUUGUACAUCUCGGAUGCUGUGCGGAAGGUGCCAUGCAGAAGUAUCUCAGCGGUGCCCCCUCUGUGACCGGACAUGAUCAACUCACUGGCUCGCAAGAGGGCUUGGAAUGCUUGAUCCUUGAGACUGUCUUUCACACCAAUGCGGGCAACCUGCGUUGCGCUUGGAUGGUGCUUCGAAGAGCUAUCGGUCUUGCCCAACUUAUGGGCUUGCAUCAUGAUCAACCAGACAAACUUGUGACGCUCGAUCCCCAAACAAAGGCCUCAGCAUCAGUCAUGUGGCAUAGGAUUUUAAGUCAAGAGAGGUACUUGGCUCUAAUGCUCGCCCUACCUGCUACAACUCUCGAUGAUCCGUAUGCAGCAAAGCACAAGUUCGCCCCUGAGGAAUCUCCUUGCGACUACCUUGAACGUCGUCACAGUCAGAUAAUGCGCUGCAUCGCUACUAGGAACGAGAGCAUCCAACUUGAGGACUACGGUGUCACGCAACAAAUCGACCAAAUGCUGCAGACGUCAGCUCAAGAAAUGCCCCCUGAUUGGUGGCUAGUCCCAAACACACGACUUAGACAGCGGCCUGCAAUCAUAAGUGAAGGGGAAAAGCUUGAAACCACCCUUCGGAUUCUAUUCCAGAUUACGCAGUUCAAUCUGCUCAUCCUCCUACAUUUCCCGUACAUGCUACGGUCCAAUUGCCGCGCGAAUCACGAAUACAGCAGAGCGGCGCGUUCAAACGCAAGCCGCGAGCUCCUGAGUCGAUACAUCAGCUUCAGAUGCGCGAACGAGAUCUCGUUCUGUUGCAGAGCCAAUGACUUCUCCGCUUUCACGGCGUGCCUUAGUCUGCUUCUAGCGCAUAUUGGGAGAUGGAAUCAUGACGCUGAUGUGGUUGAUUUUCUCGUCCAUCAGAGAGCGAGUGAUCGUACUUUGAUCGAAGAAGUCAUUGAACUCAUGUUGGAAGUGGAUCAUUCCGAUAGCGGCUCUCUACUGGAGCAAACCGCUUCUAUAUUGAAAGCCUUGUUGGAUAUGGAAGCGGAUGCUGCUAGUCGCUCGGCAAGGUAUUUAAAGAACCCAUCUACUGACAGCUCCGGAGAUGCUUGA